GGGUUUUUGAGGCUAAAAAAGCAUAGAAAUACGAGAAAUAAGGUAUAUCUGAGGGGUUAUUAGUAUGUUUUCAGCGAAACAGCGGAGACGAUUGCAUGGAGAUUCGCCAACUAUUCGAGGAUCACAGAUCCGGACAGAAAUCACGGAAGAACAGAGACAGGAGAUUAAAGAAGCGUUUGAACUAUUUGAUUCGGAUAAGGACGGAGCGAUUGAUUACCAUGGAUUGAAAAUAGCAAUGAGAGCGCUUGGAUUUGAGGCGGAAAAAGGAGAGGUAUUGGGUAUUUUAAGAGAAAACGGGAAGAAUGGACGUGGAGUUAUUGUAUAUGAGGAUUUUGCGCGAGUAAUGACAGAAAAGAUAUUGGAGAGGGAUCCAUUGGAUGAAAUUAAACGUGCAUAUACGUUAUUUGCGGAUGAGCAAACGGGGAAGAUUAAUAUUCGAAAUCUUCGACGUAUUGCUAAAGAAUUGGGAGAAAAUAUUGAUGAUCAGGAAUUGAUGGCAAUGAUUGAUGAAUUUGAUUUAGAUCAAGAUGGAGAAAUUAAUGAGCAAGAAUUUAUUAAUAUUAUGAUCGAUGAGAUAUAAUAAAAAGGACGUUAUGGAUGGGAACAUGUAAUUGAAAAGAAGAGA